AUGAUCACGGCGAGCUUUUCUAGCAGUCGUGAUCGGGAGCAAUCAGCAGAGUGCAUUUCCAUUGCGAGCGAGCUUCUACAGUUGGAUCUUGAAGCCAUGAAGUCGGUCAUUGGGGAAUGUUCUGCAACCGUGGUAAAAGACAUACAGACCGCUGAAGACGAUUCAGGUUUCAACAUGAAGAAGAGUGUCAUUCUCGAAGAGCUCUUCAGUCGACUGGAGGAGAAAAGGCUUCUGGAUAUCGCUCUGUGCGCAGACGGAGAGCACUGCGAGACUCUUGAAGACUGUGAACUCGGAGCUGCUCUCAGAGCUGGCUUGCAAUCUUCUGAUCUCAGCUCACGAAUCCAAGCCAUGAGGUUGAUCGGCAUCUCGAGCCUCAAGUCAUACACGGCAUUCACACGUCUGUCAGGCAUUCUAGAUUCGGCCUUGUACAUGGAGGACUGGGAAGUGCGAGAGUAUGUUCAGGCGACCAUCCUAGACGCUAUCAACAUCCACCAUCACAAGAUGAGCUUUGAUGACGUGUCGCGCUACUUGCUGCCCUUCCUCUAUGCUCCGACGACGAGGUUGCAGCUUAACGCCGUGGUAGGACUGGGACGGUUGUUGCUCGCGUCUGCUUUUCUCGAAGACACAGAGAUCAUGCUCGCGAGUCUGCUGGAACGCUACGUCAGCAACAAUGAUGGAGACAACUCGGAGGUCGACAAUCGGAAGGUAGUCGAGGCGCUGCACAUCUUCUUCAACACGUACGGCGGAGCUGAGAAGAAGCAGCACCAGGACGAGUUGGCCAACACGCUUGUUUACAUGCUGCUGGAGAAGAUGGAGGCGGGCGUCGUCAUACUCGCGGAAAAUCAUGCGGAACUGGCGGACAGUCCUUCCCGCUCAGCUGAGGCCCAGACGCUCAGGCUGGCAAUGAAAUUUGUCCGCCAUCUGUGUGGCGAGGACGUCAUGCAUGCCGUCUUUGAGAGCAUGUGCGUCAACAUAGAGAACCAGUGCGGACCGAGCCUUCUUACGAGGGAAGCGUGUGGAAGGUGGUUGAAAGGUUCUUCGACUCGUUGA